CUCAGUCAAACCCCCCCUACAAGAUUCCACCUCGAUUUUUCAACUUCCCAUCUCGAUCCGACAAGUUCUACAUCGCCAGCAGCCAUGGGUAAGGUUCACGGAUCUCUCGCCCGUGCGGGUAAGGUUAAGUCUGCUACUCCUAAGGUCGAGCCCCAGGAGAAGAAGAAGCUCCCCAAGGGUCGCGCCAUGAAGCGUCUCAAGUACACUCGUCGUUUCGUCAACGUUACCAUGACUGGUGGCAAGCGAAAGAUGAACCCCAACCCCGGUAACUAGACAUACCCUAGCGGAGGAACGAAACUGGUAAUCGCGGCGGGUUAAAAUGACGAUGACGACCACGAAAGAAGAGAAAAGCACAAUCAUAAACGGCCUGGACGGUUAUUAUCCGCCCUUUACCUAGUCAGAAAAGAGUUCAAUCAAUCGACAAACGCCGAGCACGCGAAGACGAGAGAUUUCGAUCCGGAAAAGGAGUGGUACGGAGACGGUUUGCGGUUUGCGGUUGGUUCUUUUCAUUGCAUGGCUAGUUACUUACGGGUCUCGUAUCUUCAUCAUCAAAUGGGAACUUCAACUUCGUUACUGGGAAUUCAUAUUCGGCC